CUUCAGAUUUACACAUCUGGUAAAAAGUUUGGCUCAUUAUGCUCAUCUGUGGUAGUGUGUGUUAGCAAUAUUCUCCUCGUGCUGUUUAAGUUGUAGCUAAAUAGGUUAUUCAUGAAAGGUUGAGAGUUGAUAUGAGACGCACUUCUUUGUUAAAGACAAGCGAAGCUUUUUUCGAAGUUGACACUGACUAUCAAGGUUUAGGAGACACUUCAUCUACACUCUGAUGCAUUUGUGACUUAGUCAACGGUGAGACUGCUUAAUCUUUCGGUUAGUCGCCCUCCCUUGUCAACUGUGUUGCUGUUGCCCUGUGUUCCACACCAUGGCACGCCACAGUAAGCUGCAAAAACAGGUGUUGUCUCUGUACCGCCAGUUCCUGCGUGCUGGCCAGGACAAGCCAGGCUUUCUACCCAGGAUCCGGGAUGAGUUCCGAGAGAACUCCAGCAUCAAGAAGACUGAUGUCAUGCACAUAGAAUACCUUUACCGGCGCGGACAGAGACAGCUAGACCAGCUGAAAGAUGUGAACACAAAGCAACUAGGAACUUUCUCCAAACCUAAGGCAGAGCGAUAACCAACACUAUUUCCGUCUCCACACCCUCUGUUGUAGCUACCUCUAGUUAUGUGGAUAAUACACCGUUAUCCAUUGUGUUACAUUCAUCAUUCACUAGUCAGAUUACUACUUUCAGUCUGCAGCUGAGUAAGUGCAGUCAUUGUCCUAAGCAAUGGCUAUUGUUCUGAUCUGUAUGACAGUACCAAUGCACUGUACUCUUUCAUAGAGCUGGAUACCACUGAUGAUGAUGAUGAUGAUGAUGAUAAAUGUUUAAGUCAAUCUCUGGCCAGUGAGUUUGUUGGGUUGAGCAGACCAGUUGCUCUGGUCAUUGUUGUAAAAUACUUACUUUCAUCUAGCUACAUUUACCUGUUGAGUGUUUUGGAUUAAAGACUUUUAUCAUCUGUAUGGGAAGUGAAUUUGACUAUUAUGUAAAAGGUCUAGUUAAUACUAUUAUAUGCUUACGUGUCACAGGAGGUCAAGUUAUGGAAUCUUAGAUUUUUAUAAUACUUUUAAAAAUCGAAAUGGUGUACUCUUACUGCAUUGUUAGGUCGUAACAUAAACAUUUUUCUGCACCAGCUAUAACAUCUAAUAAACUGUGUAUGCGACCAAUAAACUUUGAUUUGAUUUAAUGCUCAUGAAAUAUACAGCCAAUUAGAAAUGCCUGAGUAAUUUAGACACUGCCAGUCAGCAACAGACAGUAGACAAAUCUAAUGGUCCAAUCCCAAAUUGACCCCUUGACCCUACGCCCUAUCAGAGAGGAAUAGGUGAAGCAAGAGGGUUAUUUCUCGCCAAAAUCUGUCCAAAAUAGAUUUCAAAUAGAGCCAUGACUACAUGGAUCUCUGCCACCCCAGGUAACUCAAACCAGCAAUAAAACCAAUUUCAAAAAACAGAUAAAAGAAUACCUUACUGCACAAAGGGGACUGUGAAGAGACACAGACAUUUGAUAUACUGUAUAAUGUAUUGUAAUUUGCACUGUACUAUUAGACCUAUAUAUUGUGUGUAUGUACUGAUUAUGUAUGUUGGCCAUGUACCCCUGACUGCAUUGUGCAGUUUGGGGUGAGGCUCAAUGUGGGCGGAGUCAAACAUUUGACCCCGCCCACUGCAUUUUUUUAGUGUCCUCCACAGGUUUGACAGGCACACACUGAAUACAAACACACACGUUUGUGCAAAGAACACGUUGAAUACAAACAUAUUUCCUUUUUGAAGAUCGUAAGAAAUAUUAUAUAAAGUGGUACCAGCACAUAUGUUGAAACACUUUUUGCUUCAUGCUAUAUUUGAGACAAGCUACUGAUAUUGAUGCGGUGAACAAUAGACUUGUUAAGUAUGCCAUGUACUGUUAAAAUUGUGUUGAUAAAUGUUAUAACUUUGUAAUUAUAUUAUUUAAUUGAGAAUAAAUAUACAGUUACUAGCUAUCCUGAUUUAUAAUGCUAUUUACUUUCCUCAUCAGAAUGGAGACACACUAUACCAUAUAGACAAGCUGAAUGUGCUUUGUACAUUAAGUUAUACCAGCUCCAGUAAAGAGAUCAGAGACUCGGGUGACUUCUAAGUCAUCUUUACUAAACAACAUAACACAAUUAACAAAUGAAACAAUUAACACAGCAGACAAAAACAAAGUUUGACCACUCCUCAAAAAUUGCUUCACUCCUGCUCCUCAAAAGAGGCAAAGGCAGGCAUUUUCUUGUUGUCAACUGCCUCCACAUAGAACAUCUAAUAAUCUCUCUGUGACUGGAAUGAGAACAUGAAUGGUUUCUUGAGGAGAAUAUUUUCCUCCUCAUCCAGGCCAUCAUACAACCGUAGUUCUUUAAGGGUUGUAAUACGGUCUUCCCCCUCCAUCCCAAUUACACUAGGGAGGGAAAUGGUGCCUUUAAAUGUUUGGCGUUCGCACCACCUUGCUGCUUCCUUGAAGAAAAAGGAAGAAUAAAUAUUAAGAGUUGUGCCUCAUUGGGUGAUCAAGUAAAGUUUUUACAAUACUACCAUGCAAACAAAAGCCACUAUUACUAAAGAGGUUUUCAGUGAUAUCUAUAACUACUCACCAAGUCUAUUAUAUCUUGCCAUGCAUCAAGCCUUCAGCAUUACACACAGUAGACUACAUACACAGUUCACAGCUCCCAGUUCGCCGU